AUGAAUCGUUCAGAAUUAUUUAAUGCGCAAAAUGCAACUUCAGAUAUAUCGGGUAAAUUUCGAGAAGCUACAAUUGAAUAUAAUACUCAAUGCCAUCGAUAUAAGUUAGAGAUUGAAGAAUUAAAGAUAACAAUAAGUAAGUUAAAAGAUUUAAAUGACAAGGCUCAUAAACGUAUAUACAAACUUAAACAAGAGAAUGAUGAAUUAAAUGGAAUAAUACUAGAAUUAGAAGAUAAAUUAAGUCACAAUAACAUGACAAUAAAUAAUUUAAUAAUUAAAAACAAUGAAAUGAAAGAAAUGAAUGAAGAAUAUAAGAAACAGUUAGAUGAAGAAAAAGAAAAAUGUAUUAAAUUAUCCAUUAGACCUUCUGAAGAAUGUUUAAUAAAUAAGAUAACUGAACAAUCCAAGGAAUAUGAAGAUAAAUUAAAAGAAGUUAUUAAUUCAAAAGAUGAUUUGAAACAUGAAUUAGAUAUUUUAAAAGAAAAAUAUUCUUCUAUAACAGAAGAAUAUAUGCUAUCGAGAGGUGAAGUAUCUGUAUUGGAAAAAGAAAUUAAUGAAUUAAAGGAAAAAGAAGAUAUUAUGAAAAUGGAAAUAGGUUCUUUAAAAUUACAAAUAUCAGAAAAAAAUAAAAAAUCAUUAGUUGGAAGAAUAAAUGAUGAUCCAGAACUUAAAAAAUAUUUAAACACCCAACAAAUGAUGUUAGAACAUUUAGAGAUAGAAAAUGAUUCAAUGCAUGAGAUGUACCAGUUAAUGUUUAGAAAGAUUAAAGAACAGUUAGUGGAGAAAAAAUGUAAUGAUGAUGAAAGGAUUUAUGAUAAUAAUAUUCUUAGUAUGAAUGUAGAAAAAAACGUUGUUUUGGAUAAUAAAAUAUGUAACAAAGAUACACUAUCGUCAAAUAUAUUUAUUACAUCAUGUAAAAAUUGUUCAGGAAAAAUUGAAAUUGCAUAA